GCGACCUCGCAGUCACGCCGUCAGCACCGGAAGUCGUCAGACAGCCCACAUACAUGCGCAUGGAAAGUAAGCAUACACAACAAUGAAAAACAGAAAAAAGAACAGUAAUGUCCCCAACAAGGCGAAAUUCAAGCCUGGAUCUAAGAAGAGGGAAAAUAAAUGCGUCGUAACGUUUGACGACAAAGAGAGGGCGGAAUAUCUCACUGGUUUCCAUAAGCGGAAGGUGGAAAGGAGGAAAGUAGCUAUAGCAGAAAUACGCAAGAAGAUCAAGGAUGAACAAAACCGAGUCAGACAAGAGAGGCAUAAGGAAUAUAUCAAAAUGCUGAAGGAGCGACAAGAAGCGCUGGAGGAAAGCGAAGAUGAUCUGGAAGAUGUGAUCACCAAUACAACAGAGUCUGUUCAGUUUGAUCAUCCGAACCACACAGUCACCGUGACUACCAUCAGUGAUCUGGACCUCACCAACAAUCACCUGCUUGAACGAGUAACAAAUAAGGUCAAUGGGGAACCUAAAGAAAAUGAUCAUGGGGAGCAAGAGGAGAAACUGAUGACAAUGCCAAAAAAGGCUGGCAAUCCAAUCUUGAACAAAAAGAUCCGCUCGCUGACAUCCUCACUCAACGCCUUCACCUGCAAAAAGAGAAAACGAAAGCAGGGAGGACGAGGAGGACGAGGCCAGCAGACGGACAAGACUGACAAGAGAGUCACAGAAAGCAAAAUCAGUGCCAAGAAGACCAGCAAGUGGCAGAGACGACGCAUGACUGGAAAGAAGCACGGUCAACGGGAUUGAAAGAUCAGAUAUUGACAUGGUGUUAUUUUUAUACACUUAAUGUAAUGUAGUUUGAUUAAAGCUUAAUAUUUCCGCUAA